AUGUCUACGUCUCCGUUCCACAUCUUCGCACUCGUUGUUUAUGGAGGCAAGGUAUUCGACCUCGCCCUGGCGACGGAUUUUGUCAUGAUCGCGAAGAAGUUUAUGGCAGAUGGAUUCCACCCGACAUUCCUGUCAGGAACAGACCUUCAUGAUAUCACAAGCAUGUGCGGGCCGUUUGUCUUUGGGCGAGAUGACCUACGAGAGAGGGUCCAAAUUUACGAUAACCAAGAGGCUAGAACACCCUUUUAUCAACUUGAGACCGGUGGUCUUAAAUCACAUAUUCUGCACUGGGUAAGAAAUGUCUCUCAUCACGUCAGCUCUGGUGAUCGUAUUAUCAUCGUUUUGAUAGGGCAUGGAGAUGAAAAAGCAGGUGAUGUUACACUAUACCCCCAGCACGGAGCACAGGAGUUUUUAUCCAAAGCUGAGAUGGUUGCCACCCUCUCUUUUUUGCCGCCCAAUGUCCGCCUCUUGAUCGUCAACGAGGCGUGCUACUCCGGCACAUGGGCCACAAUCGCCCCUGAUGUAGGAGCAAAUCGAGAGGUGCUAAUCGAAUCAGCAGCUACCAUUGAUCAGAAGUCUUGGGCCUAUAAAUCUGGGUCCGGCCGAAGCCGGUGCUCUCUAUUUGGAGCAGCGUUUGUCGAGGAGCUGACUACCUACCCGGAGGGGAGAAUAUCCCAGCAUCGCAGCCGUAUAGUUGACGAGAUGUACCAUGUUGCGCCCGACCAGGAAACGUCCACACCACUAGUGAUCCCCUCCACCCGUGCACUUCUAUCCCAUAACAUCUCCCACUUUUUCCUCACCCCGAGAAUUGCAACUGCAAUCGCAAGUGUGGCCUCUGAUCAGGAGCGUUAUGAGGCGCUUCUGAAAUCGCGGAUCUCAGCCCGCACUUUUUGGCAAAGGCUUCGUCGUAGAAUAGAUCCAGAACGAGAGCCAGCCCAAGCCUUCGCAGGAGAUAGUGUGGCAAGAGACGGUACUGGUGCUGAUAUGAAGGUCCUUGUUAUAGAGAGCUACCUGAAGGACCUCGGGCCACUACAAUAUGCACUUGACUAUUGUACCCUUGCGACUGCCUGUCAAUGUGCUCUUGAACGCCGUGGACCUCCAGAUCUCCAAGACCAGGUAAUAUCUACUAUUGCCUGGCAGACGGCCCAGGUACAACGGGUUGGCCGGCUACUGGAGCAUCUAGCUAAGCGGGGAUUGAUCACAGACAUCGUUGACGCGAAAACGGCUAGACAGGCACUUGCGGACCACCAAGAAGACAUUGUGCUACCGGUGGUCAAGAGAUUGAGGAGAGACAACAAUCUCUUGUGUUUAAUGAACCCUCCAACAAGAGGCCACAUCGGAGUCCACUUUACUGAUGCAGAGAGCUGGCUUAUUGAUAUCUUGGCUUACAACUGGCUGAUGUACCCGAAUAGCGUUGAUUUCGAUCGUGUGGAGAAUGAGGUCUUUGCGUUUUUAGCUUAG